GAAGAAGAAGAAGAAGAAGAAGGAGAAGAAAACCUUUUUCCCUUUGCUUCCCUCUUUAAUUCUCUGUUUUCUCCAUAAUCAAUUCCUUCUCUCUGAUCAGUGCCCACCUCCCCUCCUCAUUACUCCCACCAUCCCCCCUCCCCACCCCUCAAUCAAACCCUUGAUCCGGAAUCUGCUAUAACAGCGACUAGAUCAACAAUCACUUCGCUCUCUGGCUUAGGAUUUCGGAGACAAGAUGAUCCAGCUCCUGUUCACGGUGAUACUCUUCGAGAUGGCCCUGACAUUGUCGUUCGUGUUCAAGACCCCGCUGAGGAAGCUCGUGAUCAUGGGGCUGGACCGGGCGAAGCGCGGGCGGGGUCCCCUGGUGGUCAAGACGGUGGCGGGUACCAUAGCGGUUGUCCUGUGUUCCAGCCUCUACAGCAUGGCGAAGAUCCGCAGCCGUUGGAUGAAUGAGGACGGCGGCGCGGCUAGCCCCAAUCCGACGGACCAGGUCCUUUUUGCAGGACACAUGCUCGAGUCCACUCUCAUGGGAGCCAUCCUUUUCCUUGCCCUGAUGAUUGACAGGCUUCAUCACUACAUGAGAGAGCUCCGCCUACGGAGAAAGAGCAUGGAAGCUGCUAAGAAGCGGGCCCAGACCCAAGGAGAUUCUGGAGAUGGGAAAAGUGGUGCUUCCGAUGAGCUCAAGAGCUUGGAGGGGGAGACGAAAGCCCUCCGGCUAAAGCUUGAGCAGCUCGAAUCAGAACUCGAGACGAAGAAGAAAGAUUUAUCUGCCGCUGAAGCAAAUGCAGUUGCUCUGAGCAAACAAUCUGAGGGUUUCCUUCUCGAGUACGACCGUCUGCUCGAGGAAAACCAAAAUCUAAGGAACCAGCUGCAGUCAUUGGAUCAGAGGUUCUCCCGCUCAGGUAGCAAGAAAAAUAUCUGAGGUUCGACUGCUUUUUGGGCACAUGUCACUGUUUAUGAUGGGUUGCAUUCUGCUUUUAUACCAAUAUAUGUUCCCGGUUCACUCGGAAUGGUACAGUUACUAAUCGAAAAGGAUUUGAUGAUGAGAGAGUGGGAAAAAUGGAAAUGGAAGAAACAGUUUAGGGAUACAAGUUCUUCAUGUGACUCAUACAAAUUGAGUUGUGAUGUUGUGAAUCGAUUUUUUGUUAAAGAGUGAUGACAAGUCCUACUGCACCGAUGUUUCUAAUUUGCCGUCAUUUUACUCUUGGAACUUUAUAUUUGUUAGGACAUUGGAUUCAAUUGUACCUUCAA